CAGUUGACAUACAGACAGACUGCAGAGCCAAUUAACAAAUAUCUCUUUACGCUUCUCUGCGCUCUCUCUCUCUCUCUCUCUCUCUCUCGUGUUCUGUUUCAUUUCAUCCGUCUUUCCCCAUUUCAGGAGUGUAGGCGGCAGUUCUUCUGUCUCACGAACUUCGAUUCUUAUAAUCUGUUUGAUCAUCUAUAUUCGUACUCUGCUCUUUCUUGAUCUGGGUUCUGAAUACAACAUCCUCAGAUCAUAUUUUUUGGGAUGAAAAUCUUUAUCUGAUUACUUUAUCUGUUCAAAGCCAUCUAUAGAGACAAAAGCACAUCCGGGCUUGGUGUAUUUUGAGUUUGUUGUCAUGCUUUAGCAGAUUCACACUAAUGCGUCUUAUGGGUCACUUCCUGUUUCAGGUUCUGGAAUUGAAAGCUGAUUUGGUUCCGUUUGAUUGUUAGUUUAGCUGCUUUCCUGUCUACUGUAAAUGUUGCAGACAGUGCUGAUGCUGCUAUUUGAACUACAUGGAAAAAAAUGUCUUCUUGUUUUGCUUUUUCUUGCAAGCUUUUUAGACAGUACCAGUUGGAUCUCAGGGAAAUCUUCACUACUUGUUUGAGUUUUUCUUUUCUGGUUUUGCGGUUAUGGGUAGAGGCAGGGGAAAGGGAAAGAAGUUAACUGGUAGCAAUCACGAAGAUCCCGGAAGUGGUGAUGAAAAAAUUCCGGCCCAGAAGAGAAGGGGAAGGCCACAAAAACCCUUGAAGGAUGAGAUUGAUGAGGAAGAAUCUGAGAAAAUAGAAGAGGAAGACAGUGAGAAUACAAAAAAUGGUAUUUCAAGCAAAGAGAUGAAAAGUUCAACAUUAGCAGAGAAUGGAAAGAAGAGGAAGCGGAAGUUGCAAGCAAAAGAGAAGCCUGAUUCAAUCAAAGAGGAAAAUGGAGUUGGAACCAGAUCAAGCACUGAUGACUCGACUAAGUCCAAUGGUUUUCGUCAUAAUGGGAGCAGGCGAAAAAGCAAGCCUCGUCGAGCUGCUGAAGCGGGUGUUGAGUGCAAGAGAAGGCAACUACAGUUGAUUAAGGGAUCCAUUGAAGGCCGCUGGACCAAUUCGAUCGAUUGAAAAUAUUUUUCAUCGUGUUAAACUUGCAAAUUUCAGUUUCAAAUAAAAUUAAACCUCUUUUGAUUCUAAUCUCUUUCAGCCUCAAGAGUCUAAGGGAGAACAUAUGUGCUCAUAAAACCUAAGGCCUAAGUGAAUACAAAGCUUACAUAAGCAUAUUGAGUGCAUCCUAGCAAUUUUGAUAGCUAGAUUUUGUUUCUUUCACAUACAUCACCAAACAUCUAGACAGUGUGUUACUGUUGUUAAUCAUCAAACAAACGCUAGUGCUACAUCGAAUAAUCAACACCAAGAUCAUCUAUCAUCUACACAGAAAACAGUCAUGGAAAUCAUUGUGCUAUAAGGAGAAGCGAAUCAUGUGAGUAGCAGAUUUGUUGAUUGACAGCAGCAGAAAUCAGUUUGGAUUCUCUGGCAUGAGUCUGAGUUAUAUGUAACUAGCGGAUUCUUGGGAUAGAGUCUGCUUAACCUAGCGUGUAAUACCUUCUAUUUUCAAUGGAUUUGAUCUACCUUUUUUUUUUUU